AGACCAUGUUUUAGCGUGAAGGCAGACUGCCCGAUUUCGUCACGCAUCCUAAGCUUUUGAUCGUCCACUGUCAUCACGUUCCCUAAACAAACCACCGAUAUGAUCCUCGCAGCGACAAGAUAACAUGGAAAGAGCUAAGACUCGCAAGCCCCAUAAGAAGUCGCGAAACGGCUGCUUACCAUGCAAAGGCCGCCAUGUCAAAUGCGACGAGCAAAAGCCAAAUUGCGCAAACUGCGUAAAGCAAGGCACCGUGUGUGAAUAUCGACCAUCCACGGGCCAAGAGAGUCGUGAGGCUUCGAACGUGUCGCCUUUACCGAUUGGAACGCCAGCUUUUACGCCAUCAUCCACAGAUGGCACUUCCGGUUUUCUUGACCAACAACCACUACCAGAUUUUGGAUCCAUCACUAUCAAUGGCGCUUCCAGUCAACCAGAUUUGGCAUUGAAUAUACCCCAACUACGAUUGCUCCAUCACUACACGACCGUCACAGCCAAAAGUCUCGCAGCGCAUACUGACGCCGAGGACGUAUUUACAACUACUUUGAUACAGAUUGCAUUCGAUCAUCCAUAUCUUCUCCAAGCGGCUCUUGCACUCAGUGCGUUACACUUGAGCCGAACUGCAGGACCAGAAGAGGCCCAACAAUACUCGUACCAAGCUGAGAAAUACCAUGAAGCGUCUCUGCUCAACUUCCAGACAAUGGUUCGCGAUAUCGAUCCUUCGAACUUUAAAGCAGUCCUAUUGUUUGCCGGCACGCUGUUCCCGCAUGCGUGUGUCGCUUCACUUGCAAUCCACAAUGAUUUGGAUCAUGUGUUCGACAGCGUUCUUUCCAAUCUCGUCCUGACUCGGAGAAUUAGACCCAUGGUAACAGGGGUCUAUGAACAGAUGAAGGAGAGUGAAUUAGGUCGUGUGAUUCCAGACGACGUCAAGAAUAUCAAUUGGCAGACCGAAGAGCAACCACCCAAUACUGAGCUCGUACAGCUCCGCAAGUUCUCCGAGGUCGUCCAUCACGUUUACCCUCCCGACAUUGUCGAUGCAUAUGGAUAUGCCUGUCAUAUCCUCGAGCUCGUAUUCCAGGUUGCAGAGAAAUCUACGAAGCCGCCUUCCGACGCUUUGUUGAAGAUAUGGAUACAUCUUGUCUCGGACCGCUAUAUCGAGCUCUUAUCGGAGAGGCAACCAGGAUCUUUGAUCAUCUUUGCACACUUUGCUGUCAUCAUGCAUAGAGCAGCAGAGAACUACUGGUAUCUGGAAGGAGUCGCGGAGCAGAUACUUCUCAUUGCAGAUCACAUGGUCCCUAGUGAAUGGAAGUCGUGGUUGCAGUGGCCGAAGGAGCAGAUUCGUGGUGCCUCCGUACCGCCGACGCCAUAUUCAGGGCAUACGACAUGAAGCCUGAAAUUGAUGCGGG